GGUCGUGCAGUCGGCUGUUAGAGGAGCCAGCGCUCGUUCUCCGCGCUCGUGCCAGAGGUCAGUGAGUGGCUUCGUGCAGCCGAUGCGGCUCGGCGCUCUCUGCAACACGUACUCGCAGCGCCGGAGAAGGAUCGGCCUGGUCCAACUCCCCCGCCACGCAUUCCCAUGGCAACCCUUCUCCGCAUACUGUCGGCUGGCUGCAGCCCCUUGGCGCACGUGGCAUCCAGGGCACCCGCGCGGAGUUCCAGGGCGGUCCAGAUACCAUGCUUUCGACUCUUCAGCACCCACCGGGCUCUUCGCCGAGCUGCUGCACCAGGUAUCCCAUACAAGCAGCUGACGGUGGGUGUACCGAAGGAGGUGUUCCUCAAUGAGCGCCGCGUGGCAUUGUCCCCUGCUGGCGUCCAGGCGCUCAUCAAGCAGGGCUUCAACGUCGUCGUGGAGUCCGGCGCUGGAGAAGCGGCAAAGUUCUCGGACGACCACUACGUCGCAGUUGGGGCGAGCAUCAGGGACACCAAGGCUGUACUGGCCUCUGACCUUGUCGUCAAGGUGCGAGCCCCCUGUUUCAACCCUGUGCUUGGGCUGCAUGAGGCAGAGCUGCUGAAGGAGGGCUCCACUCUGGUGAGCUUCAUCUACCCGGCCCAGAACCGUGAUCUCAUGGAGCAGCUGUCCCAGCGCAAAGCCACCGUGCUGGCCAUGGACCAGGUGCCUCGCAUCACCAUCGCCCAGGGGUUCGACGCCCUUAGCUCCAUGGCCAACAUUGCCGGCUACAAAUCCGUUGUUCUGGCUGCAAACAACUUUGGUCGUUUCUUCACUGGUCAGAUCACUGCCGCAGGCAAGGUGCCCCCUGCCAAGGUUCUUAUCAUCGGCGGUGGAGUCGCGGGGCUCGCUGCUGCCGGAACGGCUCGGGCCAUGGGCGCUGUUGUCAGGGGUUUUGACACCAGAGCAGCAGCGCUGGAGCAGUUCAAAUCCUUGGGGGCUGAGCCUCUGGAGGUGGACGUGAAGGAGUCGGGCGAGGGCCAGGGUGGCUAUGCCAAGGAGAUGUCCAAAGAAUUCAUAGAGGCUGAGAUGAAGCUGUUUGCCAAGCAGUGUCUGGACAUCGACAUCCUGAUCAGCACUGCCCUCAUCCCUGGUCGCAAGGCGCCCAUCCUGAUCACGAAGGACAUGGUGGAGAGCAUGAAGGAUGGAUCAGUGGUGGUCGACUUGGCUGCUGAGGCUGGAGGCAACAUUGAGACCACGGUCCCUGGGGAGCUGACGAUCCACAAGGGUGUGACUCACAUUGGCUACACGGACUUGCCGAGCCGGUUGGCCACUCAGGCCAGCAGCCUGUACUCCAACAACAUCGUGAAGCUGCUGCGAGCCAUCAGUCCAGAUAAAGAGAACUUCCACUAUGAGGUGAAGGACGCGUUCGACUACGGCACCAUGGACCACGUCGUCCGCGGCACCGUCGUCAUGCAGGACGGGAAGCUCGUGUUCCCUGCACCGCAGCCCAACAACAUCCCCGAGGCAGCACCCCCAAAACCCAAGACGGUGCAGCAGCUCCAGGCAGAGAAAGCCGCUGCCGUGUCACCGUUCCGCGCCACCCUGACCACCGCCAGCGCUUACACCGGGGGGCUGGCCACGGUCCUCGGGCUGGGUCUCUGUGCCCCCAACUUGGCCUUCGCUCAGAUGGUGACCACCUUCGGCCUGGCGGGCAUUGUGGGCUACCACACAGUGUGGGGGGUCACCCCUGCUCUCCACUCCCCCCUGAUGUCUGUCACCAAUGCCAUCUCGGGUCUGACUGCUGUGGGGGGGCUUGCUCUCAUGGGUGGCAGCUACACCCCCAGCUGCACGUCUGAGACUCUGGCGGUCCUGGCAGCCUUCAUCUCCUCUGUUAACAUUGCUGGUGGGUUCCUGGUCACCCAGAGGAUGCUGGACAUGUUCAAGCGACCAACGGACCCUCCCGAGCACAACUACCUGUACUUGCUGCCCGCGGGGGUCUUUGUCGGGGGUUAUGGUGCUGCCCUGCACAGUGGCUACAACAUCGAGCAGAUGAUGUACUUGGGCUCUGGGUUGUGCUGCGUCGGUGCUCUGGGUGGCCUCUCUACCCAGUCGACGGCACGGCUCGGUAACGCCCUGGGCAUGAUGGGUGUGGCGGGCGGUCUGGUGGCUACCCUGGGGGCCCUGAAGCCCUCCCCUGAGCUGCUGGCUCAGAUGAGCGCCGCCAUGGCUGUGGGGGGAACCGCUGGUCUGACCAUCGCCAAGCGGAUCCAGAUCUCGGACCUUCCGCAGCUGGUGGCCGCGUUCCACAGCCUGGUGGGCCUGGCGGCCGUGCUCACCUGCGUGGCAGAGUACAUGGUAGAGUACCCCCACUUUGCCACGGAUCCGGCCGCCAACCUCACGAAGAUCGUCGCCUAUCUGGGCACCUACAUUGGCGGGGUGACCUUCAGCGGCUCUCUGGUGGCUUACGGCAAGCUGCAGGGAAUCCUGAACUCUGCUCCCCUCCUCCUGCCGGGCCGCCAUGUCCUCAACGCAAGUUUGAUGGCUGCCAGCGUGGGUGGGAUGGUCCCCUACAUGUUGGAUCCCAGCUACACUAUGGGCCUCACCUGUCUGGGCUCCGUCUCUGCUCUCUCUGCCGUUAUGGGUGUGACGCUGACGGCAGCUAUCGGGGGUGCUGACAUGCCAGUGGUCAUCACAGUGCUCAAUAGCUACUCGGGCUGGGCCCUGUGUGCCGAGGGCUUCCUGCUCAACAACAACCUGCUCACCAUUGUGGGAGCCCUCAUUGGCUCCUCUGGAGCGAUCCUGUCCUACAUCAUGUGUGUGGCCAUGAACCGUUCACUGGCCAAUGUCAUCCUGGGUGGAUAUGGAACGUCCUCUACAGGAACGGGCAAGCCCAUGGAGAUCACAGGAACCCACACGGAGGUCACUGUAGACCAGACGGUGGAGAUGAUCCGCGAAGCACAGAGCAUCAUCAUCACGCCGGGAUACGGCCUCUGCGCUGCCAAAGCCCAGUACCCCAUCGCUGACCUGGUGAAGAUGCUGAAAGAACAGAGCAAGGAAGUCCGGUUUGGCAUCCACCCAGUUGCAGGACGCAUGCCGGGCCAGCUCAACGUUCUGCUGGCUGAAGCCGGUGUGCCCUAUGACAUGGUCCUGGAAAUGGAUGAGAUUAAUGAGGACUUCCCAGAGACCGACCUGGUUCUAGUAAUUGGGGCGAACGAUACUGUUAACUCUGCCUCCCAAGAAGAUCCCAACUCGAUCAUUGCUGGAAUGCCGGUACUGGAAGUAUGGAAAGCCAAACAGGUGGUGGUGAUGAAGAGGUCGCUAGGCGUGGGCUACGCUGCUGUGGACAACCCCAUUUUCUACAAGCCCAACACAGCGAUGUUGCUGGGAGAUGCAAAGAAGACCUGCGAUGCCCUGCAGGCUAAGGUGCGAGAGCUCAGCCAAUGAACUCCCAGCGUUGCAGAGGGCGCUGUGACUCGGCACUCCGCCGCAAAGCCAUGGGAAGGGAAGGAAGGAGUCUGCACACGAAAACACAAUUAGGAAAGUUUUAUCCCCCGUGUUGCCUGUGUCCUGAAGUGUUUGUCUAUCAUUCCUUAUUUUGCCAGACCUUACAUGAAGUAUUAGUGUUGAGAUAUAUUGGUUAUUAAGGUAAUAAUAUUUUACUUUUGAUAGGCAUUAGAAAAAUUCAUUCUCCCCCCUACUGUUCAGCAAAAGAGGCACAAUCUUACACUCCUUACUCAUUUGGUUUUAUACAGUAGUUAAUUUUUAUAUAAGCUGGUUCACAAGUGUCUGUGAAAUAGAUCUAGCAGAAUCUGUUGGCUUAACUUUUUUUUUUUUUAAUGAUUUCACUAGAGGCUGUGAUGUUGCCGCAGGGAAUUCCUUUGGCUUGAAGAGGCCAAGGAUGGUCUUUAGUGAGUGUAGCUACUGCAAGCAUUUUAAAUUACCAAGGAGUGUUGUGGUCACAUGAUCUGUUUUAAACUUGAAGGAAGGGUGCUCAGAGGACCAAGAGACUGCUCCAGAUGCCUGUUUUUAUGACAACUCAUCACCCUUUGUUUUGUUUAUAGGUAGUUCAUAGUAUAUCUCCAAGACUAAUUGGAAACCAGUUCAGUCUCAAGAAAAACACUUCCCAGAUGGCCCUAAUAUUUGCGUACUGUAUAUCUGUACAGGCCAUUCAUAAUGGUUAUCAAUACCUCAUACUAGGGAGCCUCAGACAGUGUUGGAUAGAGUGGUCUUUUUUUAUUUUUCUUUCCCUUCUUUCAUUAGUGAAAUAAUGAAUUUCUUGCACUGGGACCUGAUGCAAUCCAUGGCAUUAGAAAUGUAUAACAGCAUUACCAUGACAAUAGUCCUAGCUCAUCCUAAUUAUUUGGUUGACCAAUUGUACACUUUCGUUACCUUAUUACAAAUGAUUCCAACAUCCAACUUUUACAUUUCUUUCAAUUUCAGGACCAUAAGCAAUUGUACCUCAUAUGAAAUGAUUACGCAUUUACUAUUUUGGGAAAGUCUUCAGAUUCAUAGUGUGUGCGCUGUGUGUGAUACCUGGAGCGUGGCCGAUGUAUGAAAGGGGCGCGGCGCUUUCGGAGCAGCUGAAGUCCCGCAAACUAUUUUUCAUACAGAGUAAACCCCAGCUAGUCUAGAAAUGUUGAUUCUUUGCUUUGUAGGAAAGUAAACCAAUAAAACGGAAAAGCAACAGCUACUUGUUCGCGUGGCGUGAUGUGGAAGUUUACCUGUGAAUGUUCUCUCCGAUUCAACACACGUCGCACGUAAUAAAACACCUGAACAAA